GGGUAGUACUAGCACCAAGCCCUACACCAAGGAGCAGGAGGAGGAAACUGCGAGGAUCUUGGCCGAGCAGAAGGCCAAGAAAGAGAAGGAGGUUGCAAAGCAGGCCAAAAAGUUAGCCUUGUUGUAAGAGCUGGCCGAAAAAAGAAAGAAGUUGGAAGAGGAAUUGGAAAGGAUGAAAAAAGAGGAAGAAAAGUUAAAAGCAGCAGCAGAAGAAGAAGAAGAAGAAGAAGAAGAAGAAGAAGAAGAAGAAAAGAAGGUGGAAGAAAAAGAACCCCUGAUCAGAAGAAGCAUCAGGAACAGAGGAGAGUCGAGUGGCACGAAGGCGGGGUACUCGUGGUUGGAGAAGGUCUCUGAAUGGGUUGCUAACUUGUCCCUGGGAGAAAAGGAGGCGGCGAUGUUAUAUGUUCCCAGGGAAGAACAGGAGGCAGUCGUGAAGGAAUUGGAAGCUGAGGAAGACCCUCUCCGACAACAGACGAUCGAGGAGGAGAAGAAGUUGGAAUGGAAAUUGCGUCUGACCAGGGAAAGAAAGAAAAAGAUGGAGGCGGCAAGUAAGGCGGCGAAAGAAUGGGAGGAGGUGAAACAGCAGAGAGAGCAGAUGGAGGCACAGACGGAUUGGCAAGGGAAAAUGGAAGUGAUGGCGAAAAACAUAGAACGCCUGACCCAGGUUCAGGAGGAGCAAUAUCAAUUUGGGAGGAGUCAGGAUAUAGCCCUGCGAUCCAUACGAUUGGGGUUUCGAGAAUUUGCACGCGAGAUAAUCAUGCACGUGGGCUCAGAAGUGCAGACGAGAUUAGAGAACACAAAGCAAUUUUGUAUCGCUGCCAUAGAGGGCGCCAAGUUGGUUGCACCAAAAGAGGAGGAAACUCGUCCGCGUAGGGAGCUCGUUAAGGUGAAGUUUCCCGAUUCCUACAGUGGGAAGAAGGAGGAGAACUUCGAUAAUUGGGAAGCCAACGUGAACUCCUACGUGCAUUUGCAAAAGAUAUCGCCUGACAAACAUGUCCUGAUAGCUUUCCAUGCCCUUAAAGACGAAGCAGCAAACCUCACCAGGUCGUUGUGUCGUGCUGCUAAUUGCAAUAACGAUAUGGUGGUCUAUUCCGCCUUCACCCCUCUCAACGAGUUCUUUAAAUUGUUGGGCGAAAGGUUUGCAGAUGUCACACGAUGUGUUAGAGUUUCUGACAAACUGCAAACCAUCCACUCACGCCAGUGGAGGAGCGUCAGGGCACUCAAAGGUGUCAUGGAUGAGUUGGUCGCCGUUCCUGAUCAUGGGGUCACAGAAACCCAGUUAGUCAACCUGUUUUAUCGUGUCAUGCCCGAGCCUCUGCGCGGGCACUUCUUUGAGAAGAGUAGAGAGUUUGCCAUGACCUACAAUACUCUUAGUAGGGAAGUGUCAUUCGAAGCACAGUCCAUGCCAGUUUCCACUUUCUGGCAUAAGGAUCUUGACAAGGGACAGAAGUGGAAGGGCUGUACCAUCUCGGGUCAGGUCAAGGGCAAGGAUCACCCGAUCCUUAUAUUAGAUGAGGGUGGUAUGGAAGAGGUCCCAUAUGAUCAGACAUAAUGGGGCCAGGAGGAAGAGGACGGUAGCGCUAGUCAGAGGAGGACUUACAGUGUUGUCGCUGCUGGACGGAGGCCGCAAGGAAGAGGGAGAGACCAGGGCCAAGGGGGCCGGACCUCAGGUGGUCAUGGACAGGGCGAUCAGGGGGUUGGUGGUAGAGGAGGCCGCCAAGCGGAAGGUAGGGGUCAAGGUUCCCCCCAAAACUGCUCUAGUUUUAAUCGGUCACCUUAUAGGAGAAGCGGCUCUAGUUUUAAUCGGUCACCUUAUAGGAGAAGCGGAUGGCACCCUGGUCUGCCACAGGGCAGACCUUGGGAAGAUUUGGGCCUAGAACAAACAGUUUGGCAGAGG